UGGUUAGUUCGGAAUCACGAUCGAUUAUCACAGCAUCAAGCUCCAUGGCACCAAACCAGUUUGGCAAAAGAAGGGUGACGGGCGGCGCACUUGGACGGGAGCGCCGGUCAUAAAAGUGCGGUAGUAGUACUCCUACCCGACAGAAUGACUAACACAGGCCCGUCUAGCAUCCCUCAUUCCACCCGAUCACGUCACUAAAACGUUCGAGCCCCGCCGUCGCGCCAUCAUGUCGGCGUGCGAGAAUGACGAAGAAAACGAGUACGAGGAGGACGAGCAUACGGCCCAUGACUACGAAGCGUUCGAGUGUCUUAAGCCUGUCAUCCCGGGUUUUUUACAGUAUGAGCCAGAAAAGAGAGCUGAAAAUGGUGCCGCCGUAUCGUGGAUAAACGAGACGUGGAUGGACCCCCAAAGGUAAGGAAGAGAAGCGGGAAGUGAUGAAGAUGACGAGGGUUACGGGGAAGAGGAUGGUGCGGUACAUUCUGAGCUGGACGAGUGAGAUGACAAAGGUGGGACGGAAC